AAGGCCGAGUUCUGUGCGCAUGCGCUGAUUCCAUCAGUCGUCAUUGAAGAGAGAGUGACUCAGCAGAAGGUGCGAGGGCGCUGUGUGUAUGCAACGUGUGCGUUGAUAAACAAAUACCACACCCAAAUUUACACACCCAAAUUUACACACCCAAAAGCCUGUAAAUCCUGUGUACUGCUGUGUUGUGUACCACCCAAAUUGUCAACAUUAAACCCCUUUUCAUGGAACUGAUCUGAUUCAGUGUGUUCUAACCGACACCCCAUUGAGGAAAGCUAGAAACAGACCAUCACCUAAUACAGUCCGACCUUUUUAAAGCUGCUAUUGAACAUAUGGUCCUUCGAGCCGGAUCUGGCGUUUCUCAUGGAUAAAGCCUUGAUCAGUGGCCAAAUGCAACCUGAAGGAGCAUCAGCACAGAUUGUAAGACCCAAACGUCAGGUUCAUCCUCCUGCCUACCUUAAAGACUUUGACCUUACGACUGUGCGUCAUAGAGUACUUAGCCAGCCGGCAUUGCCUGACACAACACAGCAUACACAGGUUCUUGGAGAUGCAGCAGAGAACAUUCCUUCGCCCUCUACCAGAGUAUCGAGUCCCAUAAGUCAAGGUCCAUGGGAUACAGUGGAUAAAUGGUCCAUGGUCGGCGAAAGGGCUCCUUCCUUUCAAGUUAUGGAUAAUACUGAACUGCAACCACCUAGUACCAGAUACAGCCCAGUGCAGCCAGUUCAUCAUCCUCAGUCUUCUCCAUAUCAUCGGCCAUGGGAAGAGCAUCAGUCCACGCCUUUGCCUCAGAUCUCUUACACUCCACAAACUAAGAGAACCUCACAUCGUGAGCAAGCAUCCUACCAUCCGCCAUCUAUGUUAUCUCCAUCCUUGGGCCCACACCAACCCUUUCCUAUCAACCCUGGUAGCUCCUCACUUAGUUUGAAUCAAGGGACUGGUUAUCAUAUUAUGUCCAACACAGCAAUGGAGAGAACAGUAGAGCCUCAGAGUGCCACUAACAUGCUAGACAUUUUGGGAACAAUGAUGGGUGAACUUCAAAUUAUGAAAGAUCAUAUCCUGGCUGCCACACCUACUAAAUCGCGCAUUGAUUUAGCUCUGACUGGUGAACAUCCUCGCCAUAAUACACCUCCCUGGCAGCAUCCUGAUAAAACCAAUUAUCAGAAUACAGCUCAACCAAUACCAGACUUCUAUGCUAAUACUCCUGUCCCUCACUGGCAUUCAAGAACAUUGUAUGAAUCACCUAGGGAGAGAAUGGAAUAUCCUGAACAAGAGCGUUAUCAGUACAAGCAACCCACUGGGCUAGAGUUAGCACCUAGAACUAAUUUCCUUAACCUGAAUCCUGCAGGACAAGAAAGCACCUACAGAGGUCCAGUGCCAACCAUCCCUAACUUCUGUACUAAAGAUCCCAGCGAGUUUACUCGGUUGAAGAUAGCCCUUGAUAACCUUUUACCACCAGAUGCCACAGAACUGUUCCGAUACCAAAUCCUACUAGAUCAUCUGAAGCUAGAUGAAGCACGUCUGGUGGCAGAUUCCUAUCUCAAUUCACCAUUCCCUUACUCAGAUACUAUGGCUGCUUUGAACGAAAGGUUUGGCCAGCCACACAAGUUGGCACUUAAGAAGAUUGCCAAAGUGAUGGAUUCCCCAGAUCUCCGACGAGGAGAUAUCGAGGCAUUUGACAGAUUCGCUCUACAAAUUAGCGCUCUUGUUGGUAUGUUGGAGACUCUUGGAGAUGAAGGAGAAUCAGAGCUGCAAUGUGGGUCACAUGUGGAGAGACUGUUGAGUAAGUUACCUGCUGAAAUGAGAUCAGGAUUUCGAAGACAGAUGUACCACCGUCCGGGGUCGGUGUAUAACCUCCGUGAAUUUUCUAAGUGGCUCCAGUAUGAGGCUUGGUGCCAAAGCAGUGAGUCGCAGAUCAGUUACAAGAGCCAAAGACCAGAGCAGAGACCAGAACGCAGGCGAGAAACCAAACCUACUGGUCGUACAGCGACUAUCCUUCAUGGGGCAAAUGACACGGUCACAAAGGUACCCCCUGCAGCAGUCCAAGUUAAAGUGGAGAAACCCAAAGUCUCACCUAAAGCCUUCUUGUCCUUUCUGUGA